AUGACACAUGGACCUCUACAUUAUGAUAGCGAACGAUUAAGCUCUCUUUUGUACAACCCAAUUGAUAAUUCGUCUGUCUCUAAUCAGUUUUUCUUUAAUGAGUUAGAUCUAGAUCAACAGUUUACUUUUUCUCCUCCUCCUAGUAAUUAUUAUACUGAGGAUGAAAUUAAUGCUAAGCUAACUAAUAGUUCAAAUUCUCCUUGCUUCUCUGUAUUUCAUAUUAAUACACGAAGCCUAAUCGGUCAUUUAGAUAAAUUUAAAUUCCUGCUUAGUCAUUUGCAAAAUCCAUUUUCUGCCAUAUGCGUAUCGGAAACCUGGCUAACUGAGCUUACGUCGGACCAGGUGGAAAUACCUGGAUAUAAAUUUAUUUCGAACCACCGCGAUAGCAAGUCCGCCGGUGGAGCAGGUCUUUAUUUACUUGACGAUUUAGAAUACAAAUUAUGCCGCGAUUGUAAUUAUUCUGAACCUGAAGUGAUCGAAACUCUUUUUGUUGAAAUUAACAUUCCCAAUGGGAAAAAUAUUAUAGUUGGUACUGUUUAUCGUCCGCCUAAUUAUAACACUCGGGACUUUUUGGAAAAAUUUAAUGAGAUUCUUGCUAAAAUAACUAGAAAUGACAAAUAUUGUUAUUUGGGUGGAGACUACAAUAUAGAUCUGUUUCACUAUUCCGAUCAUGCCCCUACUCAAGAAUUUGUUGAUAGUCUAUUUUCCCAUAUGUUCAUUCCUCUAAUCAAUAGACCGACUCGGAUCACUGCUCAUUCGGCCACACUUAUUGAUAAUAUAUUCACGAAUAAUGUAAGGUGUAAACAUUUCAAUGGUAUUGUUAUUAAUGAUAUUUCUGACCAUCUACCGGUUUUUGUUUAUGAAGUGGAUGAGACAGAAAUAGCGUCGAAAAAUAGCCAAACUAAAUAUCUCACUAAAAGAGAUUUUUCAGAAAGAAAUAAGAGCAAUUUUCGGCUCUCUCUUUCUCGUGUUAAUUGGAAUUUACGUUUCGAUGAAAGCGAUACUAAUGAAUGUUAUAAUAGUUUUGUGAGUGAGUAUGUAAAUAAUGAUUUAUCUCAAAUUGAUCUUUUUAUGAAAGCAAAUAAGCUCUCUGUUAACAUAACGAAAACUAAUUAUAUCAUUUUUGCAGCAAGGCAAAAACCAGUCGGCUUCCCAAUAAAUCCUGUCUUGUACGAUGAGGUUUUAUUAAAACAAGUAAAGGUAGUUAAAUUUUUAGGGGUUUUUAUCGACGAGCAUCUAACGUGGAAGCCGCAUAUUACUUAUAUAUGUAAGAAAAUUUCAAAAUCUAUUGGCUUCAUGUUUAGGUCUCGUUUCUUUCUUUCUGAAACAACAAAAAAGUCUCUUUAUUAUACCUUAAUUUAUCCUUAUUUAACAUAUUGUACCACAGUUUGGUCCUCCACUUAUGUAACAAACCUUAAUAGAAUUUUUCUUCUACAAAAGCGAGCAGUACGAAUUAUUACAAAUGCAGAUUUUCGCGCGCACUCUGAACCAUUAUUUUUCCGUUUAAAGAUUUUGGACAUAUACAACAUUAAUUCAUUCUAUACUGCACAAUUUAUGUUUUCAUAUUAUCAUCAAUUACUGCCACCGCUUUUUUCGAACCUUUUUGUUACUAGUAGCAAUAUUCAUAAUUAUAAUACUAGAAGUUCCUCGCAUUUCCGUUCUCAUGCCUGCCGAACUAACACCAAACAAUUUUCUAUUUUGUUCCAAGGCCCAAAAAUUUGGAAUUCUUUACCAAACUCAGUCACUUCGAUUUUUACAUUGCAAUCGUUUAAAACGAAAGUUUUUGAUUUUCUACUAUAUUGAUAAUGCGUCUUGUACUGUCCGUUGUUGUGUGUUGUUAUAG